AUGUCAAUCACGCAAGAGCUAUCAUCUUCCAUGAAUGGCGUGGCGGCAUUGGAGCAACGACAGCAACCCGCAACAUCAACAGCAGAUUGGACGAGGACGCUGCUACCAUCAGGACUGUCGCUGGUUCGCUCGCUUCCCAAGCGGAGACACCGACUUCGAAAAAAAACACCGGUCGGGACGCACCCACUCUGUCGAAGACUCCGCCAUUCUCGAUGCUGUCAAAGAGGAUCCGGAGACCAACGCCCGCAGUCUUGCGAUGAGACUUGGGUGUACCCAUUCAACAGUCGUCAGUCGCCUUCAGACCCUCGGCGAAAGAAAAGCGCAGGCUUGAUUGAUCCCUCACACUUCGACGAUGACCAUCAGCUUACCCGAGUAUCCAUCAAUCUCUCCUUCUUCGCCCGCAUCGAAAGGAGUUUCUCGAAGAUCUUAUUACUGGAGAUGAGAGUGGGCCCUUCAGCGACUCUAACGCGGACCGUGUCGUGUGGCUUCCUCGAGGACAAGACCCGCCGACGCAAGCCAAAUCGGACGGUUUCGGUUUCAUAUACGCUAGUCAGGUUCAGAAGCUCGCAUCGGCUGUUCGAGAAAAACGGCGAGACGAGCUUCGGUGCACCUCAUCCGCGAUAA